AUAAAUAUUAUUUUUUAUAAUUUUAACACACUUUUUUUAUCGAUAGAAAAUAUAAAAGAAAAUCACGAUGACAGUUGAUAUAAUGGAAAUGUUAAAAGAACCACGAAUGAUAAAAGUAUGUGCACCAAUGGUCAGGUACAGUAAAUUACAAUUUAGAACCCUGGUGAGACAAUAUGAUUGUGACUUGUGUUUUACACCUAUGAUCCUAGCCGACUCGUUUGUUCAAUCCAACAAAGCUAGAGACAAUGAAUUUUCCAUUAAUAAAGAAGAUAAGCCCCUUGUGGUGCAAUUUGCUGCUAAAACUGUAUAUGACUUCCUUAAUGCAGCAGAGAUGGUUUCACCAUACAGCAAUGGUGUUGAUCUAAACUGUGGGUGUCCUCAACGUUGGGCAAUGAAAAAUGGAUAUGGUGCUGACUUGCUUAAAAAACCAGAACUUGUGAAAGAUUUAAUAUAUCAAGUGAGGAAUAGAAUACCAAAUCCCUUUACUGUAUCUGUGAAGAUACGAUUAUUGAAAGACAUUCAAAAAACUGUUGAAUUCUGUAGAAUUCUUGAGAAAGCAGGAGUUUCAUUUCUUACCAUUCAUGCAAGAACUCCGGAAAUGAGAAAUGAACCAAUCGAUCUAGAUAAUUUAAAAUUAGUGAGAGACAGUGUAAAAUUACCACUAAUUGCCAAUGGGGAUGUGAAAAGCUUGGAUAAUGCUAAGAAGCUUUUUGUGGAAAGUAAUUGUGAAGGAGUAAUGUCUGCGCGGGGAAUUCUAACAAAUCCAGCUCUCUUUUCUGGACAUUCAGUUACACCUUUGAGCUGUGUACAAAACUGGCUAGACAUUACAUCAACGAUACCAACCCAAUUUCUAUGUUUUCAUCAUCAUUUAGUAUUCAUGUUAGAAAAAUUACUUCCAAAAAAGAAUAGAAUGUGUUUCAAUAAUUUACAAAAUAAAUCAGCAGUAUUGGACUUUCUAGAUGAAUAUUAUGGUAUAAGACCAAAUGUCAAUCCCAAAUUAUCUGAACCUAUUAAUUGCAUUUUUCGUACUUCGAAUACAGAAUGUAAUAAUUGUAAUACAAAAGAAGAAGAUGAUCAAUCUAUGCAUUUUCUGGGAAAUAUAUUUGCUGAAUCAUAAGUCUAUUUAUUUGUUUGUUUUACGUGUAUAUGAAAUUAAAGGUAUUUGUAAUGAAAAUGUGUACAAUAGGACCCUAUAUAACGUGGGAACAUAAAAUAAAUAAAUAAUAUCAUGUACAUAUGUACAUAUAUAGAUACAUAUGUAGAUGUAAUUACUGAGCGCCACCAUGAUCCAAACAUGAAAUGUGUCGCUUAUCGUUUCCUAACCGCGAAAUUUCAUUGUCCUUUUAUACUUGAUUAAAAUGAAUGUUGGAAGCAAGUUUAAUCAAAAUAAUGUAAAUAAUUAAAUCUAAUAUUUCUAUGUAUCGAGAUGAAGAAUUUUGAACUGGUUUCAUAUCAUUUUUGGGUACUGAUACAAAAUGAUUUGAUCACUGGUGUCUAGUCAGAGGCAUACGUCCACUACUCUGAAAUAUAUCCAAAGAUAUAUAUUUAUCUCUAAUUGUGCCACAAAUAAAUUGGGCAAAGAAAAAUAUCUGCCGUAUUGUUAAAGAUGUACAAAUACCAAAAUACAAAGUCAUUGAGCUUUCAGCAGAUGAUGUACAAGCAACUCGAGAAGUAAUCUCUGAACAUGUGGUUCCUUAGGAAUAUGUUUAUCUGAACCACGUAGACCACUAUAUGAUUCUGAAAAAGCCAAUGCACUUAUUGUUUAUUCACCACCAGUGGUAUCAGAGCAUGAUGGAUUGAAAUUAGAUUUAACUAAACAACUUGUAGACGCUGUGGUAGAUCCUGUAUUAUAUAAUAUUUUAAAGCCUCAUUAACGUGAAGAUGUGAAAUUUAUAUACAAAUGUGUAACUGGAAAACGAAUAGAAGAUGCUUAUGGUUAUAUUAUGACUGACGAAAUGGGUCUUGUAAAAACCUUGCAGUGCAUAGCUCUUCUGUGGAACCUAUUGAAACAAGAAGAUUCCAAUGGUGCCUAAAAAAAGGAGAAUGUCUUCCUGCUUUGUCAACAAUCACACUUUUGAAAAAGCUGUGCUAUCAUCUUGAUUUAGUGUAUGCAAAAAUAUUACAGCAGCCAAAUGGAUUUGAAAAUGCUUUAAACUUAACGCCACCGAAUUAUAAUGCCAAAGAAAUUUUACCAGAACGGUUGGGAAGGUUGAUGAUAUUAGACUGCCUUUUAGUAUCGAUUAAAACGACAAUCAAUGAUAAAAUUGUACUAGUAUCAAAUUACACAUUAACUCUUGAUCUUUUUGAAAAAUGAUGUCACAAACGUUGCUACAAUUACGUUAGACUCGAUAGUACAAUGACUAUCAAAAAAAGGUCGAAAGUAGUGAAUAAGUUUAAUGAUUCAAAUAGUAGCGAUUUCAUUUUUAUGCUCAGCUCGAAAGCUGGCGGUUGUGAGCUGAAUCUCAUUGGUGCGAGUCGUUUUAUUAUAUUCGAUCCAGAUUAGAAUCCUGCAAAUUGCCAGAAUAUGGAGAGAUGGACAGAAGAAAUCAUGUUUUGUAUAUCGUUUCCUUUAUAUUGGUACAAUCGAAGAAAAUAUUUUUCACAGACAAGCGCAUAAAAAGAUUUUGAGUUCAAUUGCAGUUGACCCUGAAGAAGACAUUGUAAGGCAUUUCAUGUUGAACGAUUUGCCAAAUUUAUUUAAACUGGAAGAAAAUACAAUAUUUGAUACUCAUUCGAAGUAUGUAAAAAUAGUAGAGUAAUAAAUCAUUACAAAUAAGAAAA